AUGGAUCCGCAAAUCGAUCUCCCCGAACUCGUAGAGGACCUCGAAGUCAACAUUGACGAGCUUUCUACGGCGCUCGAGCCUCUGCUAGCGACACCACUUCACACGACCGCGUCAUCAUUACCGCUACUCGACAAGGCGAAACUAUAUUGCCUCUCGGCAUACGCCAUUGAAUCUCUGCUUUUCGCAUCGCUGACAGCGUCUGGCGUCAACGCGACGGAGCAUGCCAUUUUCAAAGAGAUUGCGCGGCUGAGACAGUACAACACCAAGAUCAAGGUGAUUGAGGAUCGCGGCAUCAAGGGCAGCGCAGAGGGUAGGGCGCGAUUGGAUGUGGCUGCGGCAGGGCGGUUUAUCAAGCACGGCUUGGCAGGCAACGACAAGUAUGACCUUGAGAGACAGGAGCGCAUGGCACGGGAAAGGGCGAGGGCACACCUGAAAGCUCAGCAGAUCAACAAGAAGUUUGAUGACGAGGGAAAGGAAGUGAAGGGUGAGGGUGUGACGCCCAAGAAGAGGGGUGCAGACGAAGUCGAUGAUCAAGAUGAAUCAGAUGAGGAGCUAGAAGGACUGGAGGAAUCAGAGCCAGCGAUCAAGAAAGCGCGCGUCAAUGCAGCCGAACCCAUGGAUAUCGACUCAGAAGCAGCAUCAUCAAGCCAUGCCGACUCGAAGAAGCAAAAGAAGAAGGGCAAAGCAAAGGGGAAAAGAGGACAAAAGAAGAGGAAACAAAGCACAGAAGAUAGCGAUGUUGAAGCUGGAGACGACGUGGACAAGGAUGAAUCACUCGCAGAGCCCCAGGCAGAAAUGGACUCGACACGACAAGCCAAGCAACGCGGUCGGUUACCCAAAAAAGACAAGAAAGCAGCAAAGCAAGAAGAUGGCAGCACAGACGUAGAUGCAACGCCUUCGCAAGCCGAGGCACGCGUGACACGAAAACGCAACAAGCGGCUCUCGAACCAAAACAUGGACGACGACGAAGGAGAAGAGGAAGGAGAUGAAGAAAAAGAAUCCAUGAUGCCAACGCCAGACCGAGCGCCCAAAACACGCAGUGAGACGUUUACGGCGUUGUUGGAUGGAUCGAUAGGCGACAAGCAUAAGAAGAGCAAGGCUGGUGGUGGG